UGGGCGUGGCGCUCUCCAGGCUCACUUGCGGUUCUGCGCUUGGUAUUUAAAUAAGAGUGAGUGUGGGGUUUGCUGGUUUGGUACUGACUUUUAAAAAGGGCAUCUGCUUGCUGCUCCUCAAGUUUUCCCGGAAAAUGACGGCUUCUUGCGGGACGCGAACGACACCUCCCCGCUGCCAUGAGAGUCCCUUUUCUUCUUGGAGCUUUGCUGGGAUCCUUUUGGUGGCCCUUGUGCUCCAGCUACCCGCAUCCUCCGAUGCCUGUGAUGAUCCACCAAGAUUCCAAACUAUGAAGCUCACGAAUGCUUCUCAAGACCCUUAUAGCCCUGGGGACAAAGUAGAAUAUGAGUGUCGCCCAGGAUACAAGCGUCUCAUGCCGGCGCUUGCCACCACUGCUGUUUGUCAGCCUGAUAACACAUGGACACCUCUCCAGGAGGCUUGUACAAGAAAAUCAUGUCCACAACUAGGAGACCCCAUAAAUGGCCAAGUAAAUGGAACUUUCCUGUUUGGUUCAAAGGCUCACUAUGCUUGUAAUGAGGGUUUUUAUUUACUUGGAUCAGAAACUCUAUAUUGUGAACUUUCUGGAAAUGGUGUGUCUUGGGAUGAUGUGCCCCCAACUUGUGAAGUGAUUUUGUGUAAACCACCUGCAGAAAUACCAAAUGGAAAAUACACCAAUAGCCAUAAGGAUACUUUUCAAUAUAAUGAAGUAGUAACUUAUAGUUGUAACCCUUCCGGUGGACCAGAUGAAUAUUCACUUGUUGGAGAGAGCCAGCUGAUUUGUUCUGGGCAUGUUUCAUGGAGUAGUGAACCUCCUGAGUGUAAAGUGGUCAAAUGUCCAUAUCCAGCACUCAAAAAUGGAAACAUUAUAUCAGGAUUUGGAAGAAAAUAUUAUUAUAAAGCAAAGGUUCUAUUUGAAUGCCUCCAGGGUUUUUCCCUUAAAGGCAGCAACACAAUCGUCUGUGGAGCUGACAGUACCUGGGAGCCUGAGAUGCCAGAAUGUAUUAAAGUGCCGACUCCUCCCAGCACUAAACCUCCGACUCCUCCCAGCACUAAACCUCCGACUCCUCCUAGUACUAAACCUUCGACUUCGAGUCAUCCAGUGCCGACCCUUUCCAGUACAAUAUCUCCAAUUUCCACUGACUCAGGUGUCAAGCCUACGGCUGCUGCUCCUCCUGCUACUCUUCCAACCACAACUCAAUCUCCAGGUUCUCCAGGUUCUCCAGGUCCAGGAGCCAUUGCUGGGAUUGUUAUUGGUUCAUUGGUUGUCGUCUUAUUGGUUGGCGGCUUCGUGUAUGCAGUUCUUAAAAGAAAGAAGAAAGGCACCUACGUAACUGGUGAGAGCCCCAGAGAAGUAAAAUUUAUUUCUCUCUGAGAAGAAGAGAUGAAAGGUUUGCUUUUAUCAUUAAAAGGGAAAGAGAGAUUAAUGCUUCAUACAGCGUUUGCAAGAACAAAUCAACCACUUCAGAAGAGCAGACUCACUAAAUGGUUUCCACAAAUGAGUGUAACGCUUUGUCUUUUGAUUCUAGUAAAUUGUCAAGAUUUACAUUAAAUUUGUAUAGCUACUAUGAAGACAGUGUGGAGGUUCCUUAAAAAUUUAAAAAUAGAUCCUUACCAUCCAGCAAUUCCACUUCUGAAUAUAUAUCCAAAGGAAGAAAUCACUCUGUGGAAGAGUUAUCUGUACCUCCCUGGUUAUUGCAGCAUGAUUUACAAUAACGAAGAUGUGGAAACAACCCAAGUGGCCAUCGACGGAUCAGUGGAUAAAGAAAAUGUGGGAUACAGUGGAAUACUCCUCAGUCAUAAAUAAAUAAAUAAAUAGAGGAAUUCCUGACAUUUGCGACAACAUGGAUGGACCUUGAAGACAUUUUACUAAGUGAAGGAAGUCAUACAGAGAGAGACAAAUACUGUGUGAUGUCACUUUGUGUGUGUAAUCUGUAACAAACUCAAAAACCAGAUUUGUGGUUGCUGGGGGUGGGGGUGCCAGGGUGAGGGAAUUGGGUGAAGGUAGUCAAAAGAUGUAAGCUUCUAGUUCUAAGCACAUAUUGGGAUGUAAUGUGCUGCAUGGCGACUAAUUAUUAUAGUAAUAUUCUAUUGCAUAUUGGCAAAUUCCGAAGAGAUCUUAAUUCUGAUCACGAGGAAGAAAAAAAAUUUUGUAACUGAGUUGAUGGAUGUUAACUAAACUUAUUAUGGUAAUCAUUUCAUAAUAUACAUUAUCAAAACAUGCUGUGUACCUUAAACUUGUACAUUAUAUAUAUUGUAAAAAGCCUGUACAGAUAUGUAUAUACUACUUCAGCCCUUAAAAAUAAGCUAAUUGGAAACUGGGAAUUUGAACAAGUUUGACUUCCUUAAAAUUAUUUGUAACUUCUUGGUGAUUUAGAAAAGCCAUAAAAUUAAUGUACAGAAUUUACUCACCUUUUUUAAUAUCAAUAAGCCAGUCUAAGAAAUCAGUAGGAAUUGGGAAUGAGUUGCAUACUUCUGUAAAACUUAGAGGGCUCUAACACCCAUAACAGGAAUGCCAGCUUGGUACUAAGUGAGUACUGUGGCCUUGUCGUUUGCUUAAGGAGAAUUCCACCCCUUUGGAGACAUAGAAUCCACUGUAAACUCUGGCCUAGGUGGUUUUCUCUCCCUACCUGAAUAAAAAGUUGUCUCACUUAGUUCUGUAGGGAGUAAAUUCAUCAGAUAACUUCAAGUUGUAUCAGACUCUUAGUCUGUGCAUCGCACCUCAACUGCUAACAGGCGGAGUAAACAUCAAGCCAUGUAUUCCCGAAAAGAAAACUUAACUUUCUGUGCUGGUCAUUGGUCCUAGGAAGGGACAAAAAGGGCCUAGCUCAGGUAUCACUUUAUGCUCAGGUUGAAUAGAUCCCUCCCUCUCCUGGGUCCUCAUGCCAGGCAGGGUCGCUUUGAAAUGAGCCAGUGGGCAAAGGGGACUGCCACUCUAAUGCAGAUUACAGUUUUACAAGUUUUCUUUUAUACUUUUAUAUUUAGUAGCUCAUGGGCCAAAGAAGCAUUACCUUGAGAAGGACAUAUUUUGGGAAGCAGAGUGGACCAGAAUAAAUAUUGUUUUAUUCUAUAAAGACAUGUUUAUAAUGCACCAUAAGUGUUCUUCCGUUUGUAAACUCUCGUGAGGGACUUUAGGAAGUUAUGUUUAAGUAGAAAUAGACAGGAAUUCUGAAUUAAAUAUAGAGUUGUUUUUAUUGCUCCCAUUUUCACAUACUUAUUUUUGAGGAAUAUAUGGUGAUGGAAGAAUUGACUUUGUGUUUUAUAGUACCAUAAUGUACUAUAUAAAUGUUUUAUUACAGAACUGUAAACUUGAAAACUAUAAUUUUACUAACCAAUGGCACCCCAAUAAAUUUAAUAAAAUUUUAAAUAAUAAAAAAAAGAAUUAGCACUUGUUUAGAAGCAGUCUGUACUAUUUAUUUUUUAAAGUCUAAUUGAAGUAUGUUUCAACCAAAGAUUAUAACAAUUACCAAAGUAAAUUCACUUUUGUAAUAGUUUCUGCCUCAAAUUCACUUUCAAUUUAGUGUAUACUUGUAUGUUUGAUGUGUAAAUAUCCAUUAUGUUGUCAAAUAAUUUGUCAAAUAUAUGGGGAAGACAAUUUUCUCUAAAAAACUUUGUUUAUAUGACAGGGAAAGCAGCCUAUUUGAAUUGAAAGUUUGUUAAAACUGGAAGAAUGUAUUUGCAGUAAAAUAAGUCCCAUGUAUAGAGUAGAAGUCUUAUUCAUUUUUUGAAAACUGGAUGUCAAGUCUGGUAAAAAUAAAAUGAUAAAAUGUAA